AUGUUACGUCCCCUUACGUUGGAACAGCCGAGAACUUCAGUGGUCUUCCUAAAGAGGCCGAAGCCGCAUCAAAUGGCCGCUUUUAAAGAUACCUCCGCGGUUUUGUGACGCCGGACUCAACGGGAACUGGACGGGGGCCUCCGGAGUCUUCGCGGCGGGUGGCGACACCGCUCUGGACGCAGGAACUCAACAAUACUCAGAAGAAGAAGAAGAAGAAGAAGAAGCAACAGGAGGUUGAGCUGCGCCAACAUGGCGGGCGGUAGCGGCUGCCCCAAGUGACGAGUAAACGUUAGGAAAAACGAAACCAAAGAGGAACGGAGACUCCAGCGGGGGGGACUUUGAACAGAUUUUAAUGCUGGAUGGAUAGCAGGGGCUCACCGGGACUGAUAGCCCUCCACUGAAGCCCCAUGGCGUCCACUCAAGCCCGGAUAGGCCAGCAGGCCCUGGCGGUGCUAGAUGUGGCUCUGCGAGUUCCCUGUAUCUUUAUUAUCGACGCCAUUUUUAACUCUUACUACGAGCCCGGUUCGGGAUGGGCCGGGGCGGUGGGCAAAGUGCUGGUCCGAGUCAUGGGUGUCCUCGUCUCCACCGUGGUGCUGCUGCUCUCCCAGAAAGCCUUGUUUAAGUUCUACACCCUCUUCUUCGCCGUCCUCCUGGGCGUAGCAGCGGUGCUCAUCAACUACUACGCCACCUCUCACAUAGACUUCUACAGCGCCUACUACAAGGCGGCGCUGGGCUUCCGGCUGCUGCCCCGGAACGGGCCGACGCUGUGGCUGGGCAUGGCCGCCGUCCAGCUCGUCUUCGGCGUCGGAUACGUGUUCCUGCUCAACCUGCAGUCGGUGUUCGCCGCGCUGGUCGUCCUGGACAUCAUGAUCCCGCUGUGGGGGCUGAUGAUCGAGCUUCCCGCCGACGUCAGGCAGCUGGUGGCCGUGUUCUCGGGCAUGGCGCUGGCUCUCAACACGGCCGUCUGCCUGGCCAUGAGACUCAAGUGGUUUUACUACUCGUGCCGCUACGUCUACCUGCUCGUGCGGCACAUGUACAGGAUCUACGGCCUUCAGCUGCUGCUAGAGGACACGUGGAAGAGGAUCCGCUUCCCCGACGUGCUCAGGGUGUUCUGGUUGACCCGGGUCACGGCCCAGGCCCUGAUCCUGGUCUACGUGGUGCAGGCGGUGAGGAGGGAGAGCGGAGAUGCGACGGGGGGGUCGGCAGACGGGAGCUCGGACUCACAGGGCUUCCUCCUGAGCUGGGACGUGUUCUGGGAUCUGACGAGUAACCUCAUCAUCUCCGGCUGUGAUUCCACGCUCACUGUUCUCGGGAUGAGCGCCGUCAUCUCCUCCGUGGCCCACUACCUCGGCCUCAGCAUCCUGGCUUUCAUAGGUUCCACGGAGGAGGAGGACAAGCGCUUGGGCUUCGUGGCUCCUGUUCUGUUCUUCAUCCUGGCUCUGCAGACCGGCCUGAGCAGCCUGGACCCUGAGGAACGUCUGGUGCGUCUGAGCCGUAACAUGUGCCUUCUGUUGACGGCCAUCCUGCACUUCAUCCACGGCAUGACCGACCCCGUCCUGAUGUCCCUCAGCGCCUCCCACGUGUCCUCGGUCCGUCGCCACGUCCCCGUCCUGCUGGUGUCCCUGGCGCUCUUCGUCCUCCCCGUGGUGCUCAGCUACGCCCUGUGGCACCACUACGCCCUCAACACCUGGCUCUUCGCCGUCACCGCCUUCUGUGUGGAGCUCUGCCUCAAGGUGGUGGUGUCUCUGACGGUCUACGGCCUCUUCAUGGCCGACGGUUUCUCCAACGUGCUGUGGGAGAAGCUGGACGACUACGUGUACUACGUGCGCUCCUCGGGCAACAUCAUCGAGUUCCUGUUCGGCGUCAUCAUGUUCGGGAACGGCGCCUACACCAUGAUGUUCGAGUCGGGCAGCAAGAUCCGCGCCUGCAUGAUGUGCCUCCACGCCUACUUCAACAUCUACCUGCAGGCCAAGAACGGCUGGAAGACGUUCAUCAACCGCCGCACCGCCGUCAAGAAGAUCAACUCCCUGCCGGAGAUGCGCGGGGACCAGCUGAGGGACAUCGAGGACGUCUGCGCCAUCUGCUACCAGGAGUUCGCCACGUCGGCGCGCAUCACGCCCUGCCACCACUACUUCCACGCGCUGUGCCUCAGGAAGUGGCUCUACAUCCAGGACACGUGUCCCAUGUGCCACCAGAGAGUUUACGUGGAGGACGACGGUCGGGACAGAGCCGCCUUUUCCAACAACAACGGGGGCUACGCGGCGCCACAGGACGCCGCCGCCGCCCCCGGCCCUCCGCCGCCGCCCGACGACCAGCACGGACCCCCGGACGCACAGCCUCCGGAUCACGGGGCGGCGGCGGCGGCGGUGGCGGUGGGAGGCGGGGCCGGGGGCGGGGCCCAGGCUCAGGGGGGACCGGUGGACCUGGACGAGCUGCUGGAGGACAACGACAGCAUAGAGUACGACGAGGACGAGUGGGGGACUCAGAACGGCAGCACGCCCAUAGAGGAGGAUUAUAUCAACGACGACACAGACUCCACGGAGGACUGAGCCUCACAGAAUACACACAGACCUUUAUUCUAUUUAAGUUAAAGAGAACUCUAAGAGACAACGUCAGCAUCUUAAUCUGUUCUUGAUCAUGUCAGGGAUGUUUGUCUUUGUGUUCGUUUGAUUUGGAGUUUUACUCCAUAAGGGCUCGAGGAAGGAGUAACUGCUGCUCUCAUUCUGUGUGUGUGUGUGUGUGUGUGUGUGUGUGUGUGUCUGUGUGUGUGUCUGUGUGUGUGUCUGUGUGUGUGUCUGUGUGUGUGUGGAGGCUUGUGAUGUCAAACCAAAAACUCUGGAGCUAAAGCUAGAGCUAAAGCUAGAGCUAAAGCUAGGGCUGGAGCUAAGGUUAUAGCUGGAGCUAAGGUUAGGGGUGGGGUCGUGGUUAAGGUUGGGACUAGGACUAGAGCUGGGUCCAGGUCCAGGUCCAGGACUAGGUCCAGGGUCAGGGUCUGGGUCAGGGCUCGGGCCGUUGCUGAAGCUAGGGCUAGCGCUGAAGCUAGGGCUAGCGCUGCCGCUGGCUGUUGCUACGAUCCCCUCAGACUCUUCAGCCCUGAAGCAACUGUACUGAAAGAGGUUUUUACUAAGCUAACGUUUAGCUACUAGUAGCUCCUCUCCCGUCUUCACUCUUUCUAAAUCCAUUCAGCUUCCCUCACAUGUGGACUAACGUCGUCUCAUGAGACUGCAGCAAGAUUCCUUAAACGAGAUAGUUAAAAAAAAAUGAAUAAAUGUGAGGAUUUUAUGAGGAAUUGAUGUUUCUGUAGAUAAUCUGAAGUACGAAACAAACCGCUGUCUUUAAAUUAACAGGAUGGAAUAAACUCCGCCCUCAGACGUCUGGUUCCCUCUUAGCUCCCCAGUCCUCCCUGACGAGUGUUUGUGUGUUUGUGUGUGUGUGUGAGGAUGUGUGUUGACGGUGUGUGUUGACGGUGUGUGUUGACGGUGUGCCUGCCGACAGGUUAAUGUCUUAGACCAUGUCUUAACGGAUGCAGUUCUAGGGAGAAAAUGCUGGAGCGUUUAUUCUGAAUGGAUACGAGCUGCCGUCAGUCUGCAAGAUCUGAGCGCACAAACCUCCACAAACCUCCUCUUCCUCCUCCUCCUCCUCCUGCUCCUCCUCCUCCUCCUCCUCCUCCUCUUCCUCCUUUAUUCCUGUGGUCUCGGAUGAACCUGGAUCCGGACCUCGGCCCGGGUGGAGGCUCUCAGACUUGCAGACGGAUCAGUUUGAGGUUGUGUUACUUUUGUGGACUAGUCCAGAGAGAAUAAAGCAGUUUUUGUAUGAACCAGAGAAAAGCCGAGAGGUGUGUGUGUGAUUUAAAAAGUGACUUGCUACUGGAAUCACUGAUAUACCUCUGUCAUUACUUACUACUGGUCUCUUGUGUGACCUGGAUUACUCUUGUGUACGUUAUUGUACAUGUAACGAAACAAAACACGUGCACACUUUUCUCCCUCCGGAUCAUUUUUCUGUUCCAUUAAUGCUACGUUUCCACGUUUCUCUCUCGACUGAAAUCAGUAUUUUAAACGGUUAAUUGCUUCAUUCGUUCAUUCAGACCCAGAAAUGUUUCCCGUGAGGAAGGAAGAUAAAUAACGCAGACGUGUAAAAGGGUUUGUCAUAAAAACACGAGUGUGACGAGGUGCCAGUGGUUUUGUCUGCUCGGGUUGAUUUGUGUCAUUGAGUAAAAGCACCUUUUGUUUGUUGGUAAUCACUGGUACAGAGCUCAGGGUCCUGCUGAGGUCCUGGACGACGCUUUGAAAAAGCAGCUGAGCAAACAUUUAAUUUAAAAGUCGGACAUGUUAAAGCUACUGGCACAAAAAGACGCCCCAGCCGCAGAAUAUUAUCAUGACACGGAUUCCUCAACAGCUGCUGAGGUCUCUGUUAAUUUAUGUUUAAAGAAUAAUUAAAAAAUAGCUCUGAAGCACAACUUUACCAAGUAUUAAUUAAUGUAAUAAUUGAUGAGAAUAAGAAUAAAUCUAUUUGAUGAGGAAAUGUUUGGUCUGAUGGGAUUAGAAAGCUGGGCUUCUUUCAUUUUUUUUUUUUUUUUGUGGCAUGUUUCAGCUAUGAAGGACUUUAAUUAUUAGUUUGAUUGUUGGGGGGGGGGGGCUUUUGGAGAGGUGAAAGCUGUUCAUUUUGCCUUUUGUUUUAAAAAGAGAUUUAUGUAAAUAAAAUCACAUUUGAUAUUGUG